AUGUUUCUAAUAUCGUUUGGACUACUCAGUCUUGUCAACAGUAUCGCGCUCGCGUUGAUGGUUACACCGGAUUCACCAUGCAUGUCUUUAUGUAGUGAUGGCCAGGGCUCGGACAGUAUUGAUGGAAGUGAAAUCGUCUGUCAAAAUGAAAAUUUCAUAACCACUACAGCUGGCCAAAAAUUGAAAUCAUGUCUCUCUUGCUUGCAGUUGAGCACUGCAGCUGGUAAUGAUCAAAAUGAUCAACACUGCUUUAUGUACAAUAUUCGUUAUACUUUAGCAUCAUGUCUGUACGGAUUUGCCAAUGCUACAGAUACAAUAGCCACACCGUGCUCUACCUCUACUGCUUGUGGCCCAUUUCAACUAGCAAUUGAAGAUGGAAAUUUCAUCACCAAAAAUGAAACAGCUUAUGGCUAUUGCUCGGCAAACUACAACUCUAUUUUGAGUGGCGGCACUUCCGCAUGUAAAAGUUGUCUUCAAUCUGGCAAUACCGAAUCUUAUCUCUCAAAUUUCCUGAUAGCUCUCCAAGCAGGAUGUCACCAACAGCCGCCCGAUGGAACUAUCAUUGGUCUCAAUGCCUCCGUCUUCUCUCAAUAUACCAUAACCGAAACAUCCCCUGGACAAAGCUACAAUACCACAGUUCCAAGCAACGCUGCCUCCAAGAAAGGUCUAUCGAAGCACACAAUCAUUGGGGUAUCCGUCGGUCUUGGCAUUCUUCUCCUCGUUACCCUUUUCAUAAUUUUCACCCUGUGGCGGAAUUAUAUUUCCUUAAAACGUGCACGCGAACGCCAUACUCCUUUAGAUGAGAGAUAUGGCGCUCUCAAUAUCACUGCGCCCAACGAAGGUGCAUUCGGAAACCCAUAUACGCGAUCCGAAACCAUCACUCUAGCUGCACCUCCGCAAACUAGAAAACAUAAUAAUGCAAAUAUCGCACCGCCAUUCAAUUUCUCAAAGUACCCAGGCGAUGAUGAAAGUUUGCAUAAACACGAUACGAUUAUUCUUCCAGCCCAUCAUGCCUACUAUUCCCCCUCGAUACCUCGUUCAAAUCCAUAUCCGAAAACAGAAGAUACGGUACCAAUAAUGCUUCACGAGGAAUCCUCUUCACCGUAUUCGUAUCCUCAUUUAACCAACACACAAACCCCUGAUUCUAAUCCUGCAAGAACCUUUUCACCACCGACACAGAACUUGGCGCGAAUGACGGAGAGUAACGAGGAUGCAAGUUUUCAUAAUCGGGGAAAGGCUCAAGAUAAGAGGAUGGUAAGGAAUGCAGACAGAGAUAGGGACGUGAGUAUGAGUUACGCGAGAGCCGCUAUCGAUGGCACGCAGAAUAGUGGAAUUACUGCUUCCUCUCUUUCUCCCAGCGCACAGGAUAUUGAAACGAGGUUAAACAGUGGUGGAGAGGAGAGAACAAAAAGUCCCCUCGUAGGAGGAGAUAUCGGGGAUAUGAGGGAGAGGAGUAGAGAGAAGAAAAGACAAAGGAAGAAAAAAAGAGCACCGAAGAGGAUGUCGGUUAUUAGCGAUCAGGAUCAGGAUCAAGAUCAAUGGCCCGGGGAAUUCUGA